AUAUCUCCGUCAAAUAACUUUCAAAACCCUAAAGCACGACGCUUCAGUAUCAGAUUACUAUAAAUGGAAUCUAAGAUUACAAUAAUUCAUUAACUUGCACCAGCUUCCAUGAUUUUUUUUUUUCCUUCUAAAUUUGUAAGGCCAAUCUUAUGCUCACAACUACUGCAGUUAUGACUGGAAUCUAGAAAGUUAGAUAUAAUCACCACUGAUACCGUGCCCCUUUAUGUCAUAAUCUUAUUCACCAAAAGCAGUUGUUACCAAAAUUUGCGUAUACAAACUCAUCACCCCCCUUCUUAAUUUGCUCUGUUUACUUCAGAAGGAAUUAUUCAUUUCCUUGGGAUUGACGUAACGAAUCAAAGUGACAGCCAAAUAUAAUGGUUUCCAUCUUUUGCCUAAUACAGCUGCAGAGUGCUUGAAAGGGACAGAACAGCUUUCUCAGGCACGUGUACAAAAUCUAAAUUCUGAACUACCACUUCUUCAACUCAAGUUUAAAAGACCCACACAUAAGGCUCUUAAUAUCCAAGAGGACUUUUUGUUCUCAAGUCUGCAGCAACACUCAUGGUUUCCACUUUCACUUUCGGCUUAUUACUAGCUGCAACAGUGUGGUUUUACCAAUCUCAGGCUUCAGAGGAUGCUGAUUGUGGAUCAGAGCUCGAGUUCCUGACUUGGGAGUUGAGGAAAUCGGCGAGAGAGGCUGAGUUCUUUAAAUGGAUGAUAGGGUUGAGAAGAAGAAUUCAUCAGUAUCCAGAGUUGGGAUUUCAAGAGCAUAAGACGAGUGAACUCAUCAGGUCCGAGCUUGACUCCCUUGGAGUUAAGUACAAGUGGCCGGUGGCCAAGACUGGAGUGGUGGCUUCAAUUGGGACAGGGUCUAAACCAGUCUUUGCUCUUAGAGCUGACAUGGAUGCUCUCCCUCUCCAGGAACUAGUGGAGUGGGAGUACAAGAGCAAGAUUGAUGGAAAGAUGCAUGCUUGCGGUCACGAUUCACAUGUCGCAAUGCUACUAGGAGCAGCCAAAUUGCUUCAAGAAAAAAGAGAUAUAUUGAAGGGAACCGUGAAGCUAGUUUUCCAGCCUGGAGAAGAGGGUUAUGCUGGCGCUUACCAUAUGUUACAAGAUGGUGUUUUAGAUGAUAUUGACGGCAUCUUUGCCCUGCAUGUUUAUCCACAUAUACCAACAGGUACUAUAGCUUCGAGGCCUGGUCAAAUAGUUGGUGGUGUAGGGCUCUUCAAAGCUACAAUACAAGGAAUAGGAGGUCAUGGGGCAGCGCCACAUAAGACCAGGGACCCGAUUGUUGCAGCAGCCUUCGCAACACUUGCUCUGCAACAGAUUGUGUCUCGAGAGAAAAAUCCUCUUGAACCUGGGGUGGUAACAGUAGGGUACAUACAGGGCGGUCAAGCAGAUAAUGUGAUCCCAGAGAGUGUGAAGCUUGGAGGAACCUACAGGAGCUUGACUUCAGAGGGCCUCUACUAUAUCCAAGAAAGGAUCAGAGAGGUCAUGGAGCAGCAAGCAGCUGUGCAUCGUUGUACUGCUGUGGUUGACUUCCUGGAGGAAAUACCCCUGCCUCAUCCACCAAUGGCUAAUGAUCAAGCGCUCUACGAACAUGUGAAGAAUGUUGGUCAGGUCCUUCUUGGGAAACCAAAUGUGCGGCUUCUGCCACUGACCAUGGUUGCAGAGGAUUUCAGCUACUUUGCUGAGAAGACUGCUGCUGCAAUUUUUGUUAUUGGUACAGGGAAUGAGACUCUGAAAUCAGAUAAAGCAGCACACUCACCCUACUUUUUCAUUGACGAGGAGGCUCUUCCAUUGGGAGCAGCACUUCAUGCUGCAAUUGCAAUCUCAUACUUGGAUGACCAUGACUCAGUAGAGCGUGUCUCACUCUUCAAUUCUGGAGAUAAACAGUGCUUAGCAUAUGAAGUGCUGUAAAUCCCCUUGCAUUACCACAAUGGUGGCAUCUUCCCGCCCUGAUAAUAAUAGCAUCCGUGGAUAGCCAUGGCUCAGGACUUGGUAAAAAAUUGUUCUGUUUUCAUAUCGGCCAA